GUUGUAAACACGGUAUGUGUACCUGUAUCGAAAAAGGAGGUUCUAUGAAAAAAGAUGGAAUCUAUCGUAUUUAUAUGAUAACUUGUCCAAAAUUAUAGCAAACAAGUUGUAUAUAAUGUUUCAUCUGAUUUCGCAAUACUGUGAUUAUAUGACAUCUAACUCCUUUCAUUAUCUAAACCGGUAUCUCUCUUUAGUUGAUGCAUCGUGAAAUAAACUAAGCUGAUAUUUUCCUGUUUCAAAUUAUUAGUCCUAGAAGAAAGCUAUGUGAUUGGUGGCUAACUUAUCAGCUGAAGUUUGAAACAUAGAGACAUAUCUGAAUAAUGGAUCUGUGCCCUGGUAAUGAAAUUUUGGACAUUCUUUUUGAUAAAGAUGAUCCCCUUCUUUGUGAUGUUGAUUAUUGCAUGAAAGAAGAUAUCACUGAAAGUCUGGAGCAAUUAAGAGAGUGCAUUCAGACUGAUACAAGUGCUCCAUCUGAAGAUUUUUGGAGUGCAUUUUUGAGAGAUGUCGAAAAAGAUGAUUUCUCUUACUUCAUUGGGAAAGGCACAAGUGACAAUCCAGAAACUGACUCUGGGUCCUAUUAUAGUGGAAGCUUGUCUCCACAAAGUGCAUCAUCAGGCUAUGAUAAUGUAGAUGCAUCAGUAAUUGUAGAACCUAUUUGUGUAGAUACUUAUCCAGAUAAAAGCGUGGAAACUAAUCGGAAUUCCAAUCCUCCUUUCAUACAGCAUUGUAACGCUGCUGCCCUUCCUGAUUCAUCUACUAUUGAAAUAGGUGCCGAUAUUGUAGUGGAGACAUCAGAAGUCUCUGUAUGUGAAGAUUCUAAUAAUUCAGAUUGUGAAUCUCUUAAAAGUGAUACUUUGCUUGAAUUUAACGAACUUCCUCCCAAAAGGAGAAAAAAUUCAGAUGACACAUUUAGUUAUCUACCAGGGACUCAGAUUUUGCAUUUGACCGAAGAUGAAAAGAAAUUAUUGAAAAAAGAAGGUAUUGAUAUUCCUACACACCUUCCUCUAACCAAGGCUGAAGAAAAGGAAUUAAAGAGGAUACGAAGAAAAAUAAGAAAUAAACAAUCUGCUCAGGAAAGCCGUAAGCGUAAGAAAGAAUAUGUUGAUGGUUUAGAAACCAGGGUGAAGUUGUGUACGUCUGAAAACAUUCGACUACAAAAGAAAGUACAUACACUUGAAAAGCAACAAAAAUCUUUAUUGGAUCAAAUUAAAGAACUUCAAGCUACAAUAACUAACUCAUCCAUGAAAUCUGUCCAAACAAGCACAUGUUUCUUGUUUUUAUUCCUGUCUUUUGCAUUAUUUCUUUUGCCGAGCUUUUUCCAAAGUUCAACUUCUACCAAGUUUCCAAUGUUGAAAAAGGAUACCCCUCUACCAGGCCAAUCACGGUUUCUGCUUGAGGCACGUGAAGGUGUUGAAUCUGCUCACAUUAGUGAACAAAUUACUGAAGAAAAUAUUUCUCAAAGCCAUGUUGAUUACUCACAGCUAAAACCCAAUGUUUAUCAAACCCCAUAUGAUAAUGCAAUUGAGGGUCUGCCAGCUGCUACUAUUAAAACAGAAAUGUUCGAUCCUGAAGAAUCCAAAUUGAUUCCAUUGCAUCUCCGAGAGUACCACAAGGAUGGUCCUACUGGAUUCAUGCAAAAUGAAAGUCACUUUGUUGAAGUUAAAGAAGCUCCAGAUCCUAAUACAGUUGUGUUAAAAUUGAACAGUUAGUUGCUCGUUUAUAUCAUCUAUUAUGCAUGUUUUCAUUUGACAUUCAUGAAUAUCAUUCAAAACAAUUCUCUACGAGGCAGGUCCUCAAUAGAUUAUUAAAUACCAAUGAUUGAUUUUUAAAUAUGCAAAAUUAGUACAUGUGCUUUGUAAAUAAUGCAAAUUUAUAUCUAGUUAUAUGUUUAAGCAUAUGUAUGUUAUUUAUAUUAUUGGUUUGGGUAUGAUUAGAGUAAUGCUGCUGGUUCAAAUAUUUUUUAAAGUAAAUUUUCAUAAUCAAAUAUAUCAUUUAAAUUAUGGUGAAAGAUCUUAAAACAGUUUUGGAAAUUCAAACAGUACCGAUUUUCCAUUCAUAAUUCUCAUUACUCUGUGAAAUAUGGAAGAUUUCUUGUCUCUUUUAUUGGAGUCUAUGGCUCUGGGUCUGGUUAAUAACUAGUGAGGCACAUUGACACCUCAAAUUUUAAAGGUAUUUUUUUCACUGCCGUUUCAGAUGCUUUAAGUGAAAUGCAAUGUUGUUUUACUUGAAUUUAUAACAUUACAAAAUUAUCCAGCUUUGCCCACAGCUAUAUUGAGGCAGAAAAAUGUGUAUACACCUUUGGAAUUACUUGAGUCUGCUCAAACAAUGCUCACAAUAAAUUCAAGUUCAGUUUGUUAUUUCCAAAAUUUUAAUUAACCAAUCUGGCUCAAUUACUCAUUAUUUCUGCCUUUCUUCAUAAAAGAAAGGUCAACACGCUUUCGUCAACACAAAAGGUCAAUCAACUCACGCUUUAAUUAGUUUUAUGAACAAUUUUCAACUUUUGCACUUUUUUCAUCUCUAAAAUGAUGUGAAACCUGAAUAUAUUAAAGCUUUUCGUGAAUUCUGUACAACUUCACAUAAUAAAAAAAUAUUUUGAAUUUUCUGUUGGAACCUUGCCUAGGACGAUUUUUAAUUUUGUGCCUAAAUUUAUUCCAAUCCAUCAAAUGGUAUAAUUUUUUUUAGUAAAGACACACAUACACAGUUGUUUUCAUUAUACAAAUUCUUUAUAUAGUAUGUAUAUAAAGAAUCACAUUUAAUAAUAAUUUACCAUACAUAAUAAAUUUAACAAUUUGCAUUAUGUGAAUGGUAAUAGUUAUACUUGUACAUAUGUACCGACUAUGUUUUUUUGAAGCUGCUGAAAUUCCAAGACCAGUCAGAUUAAUUAAUAUCUGCUUCUACUAUUAAAUUUAUCAUGUCAGGCUAGGAGCUGCCAAAAAAAUAUUGCUUCAAACACGGAUGUUUUAGUCUCUUUGACUAUUUUAUGUAUUAAAAUAGUAGCAAAUUUAACAUGUUUCCAUUGUACCUUUUUUUCUUUUUUUUUUGUGAAUAAUGUGCCAUGAGGUCUUAUUACUUUUUUUUUUUGAAGCAAAUUUUUAUAUCAAGUUGUUUUUUGUGUGAAGAUAUUUUUUCUUAGCUAUUGCUCAGUUCAUCCCUAUUAUGAAUUCAAGUUUAGUGAAUUGAAGAAGACUCAAGGUGGUUUGAGUGCUUGAUAAAGGUUCAAAUCAGCUGGUGGUACGAUCGAAAUAGCAGCAAAAUCUAUAAUGUAACUUGACUAUUCCAUGUCUAAUUACAAAAUUAUAACCUUCAUUAGAAGAUUCUUUAUGCUUGAAAAUUGAUCAAUUUUCUCUACUGUAGCUUCUUAGAAUAAACUAGAAAUAGUUUUUUGAAUCAUAAAUUUUCCCUAAAUAUAAUCCUUUGCAUUUCGGAUUAUAUUUCAGUUCUGAAUCAGACUUGAUUGUAUCUUUAGAGAUAACCUAAAAUAGUCUCUGAUGUUCAUAUGUUUUUUCCAUGAAAGUUAUAUGCAUUUUCAAAUAUGAAUAUUUUACACUAUCAGCACUUUGAUUUUACAAAAAUAAAAUAAAAUAAUAAUAAUGAAGUCUUUUUGAAAAGUGAUGUUCAAAUUUAUUUCCCAGUAGGAAUAACCUUUGAGCCCAAAUACUAUGCCUGAGCCGAAUAUAUUAAAUGACAGCAAAUUCAGGUACUACUUCCUUCCUCUUAGUUUCGUCAUUGAAAAAAAAAAAAAAAGCCAGAAUAAUGUAAAAAAACAUAAAAAUAGGAAAUAGGCAUUGUGAUUUUGAUGGUGCUCAAUGUGCAAAAAUUCUGUAAAUAGUGUGAACAGGGGUGAUUGUGUUCCGGUAUUUUACCGGAUUUCCGGUAUUUACAUCUUGAUUUCCGGUAUCUUCAUCUUCGAAAAUACCGGAACCAUCCUAUAUUUUCAGAAAAACCCACUUUUGUAAAAUUUAGGUCGAUGUUUAAUGAAACGCCGAAAGUCCAAAUUGAAGACGUUUCGUUUGGUAUAAAGCGUAAGCUACCGUCAUGUUUUGCAAUCUCUAUGGUAAUUAUGGAAGAAGAGCUGGGGUGGGAGAUGGAAUUAAGGCUAGAUAAGAAGAGGAAGGAGGGUUACUUGAUGUUUUCCCCCUUAAUAUUUUCUUUUCAAGAUGACUAAUAGCGUUUUUCUGUUGCAUAUCUUAAUAUGCAGAUGAUGUAACUAGGGUUGCCCAUUCCCCCCCGACUCCGAUGGCACCCCUCAAUUUUACCAAGCCCCCUUUUCUCUCAAGAAUUGCCACCCACUAAUAAAAAGACUUAAAUUCUUCUAAAUUAAUUUCUCCAAAAGUUUCUGUGGUAUAAUCUGCUUCAUGACCCCCCCCUCCCCUCCCGACACAAACACAUGAAAAUCCUUGCUAUAACUAUAUUAUUAGAUUAAAUUGCUAAAAUAUUUAUUCACCAAGAUGGCCUAUGGCUUUUCUCUGUUGUAGAUGCUUAUGUAAUAGGGUUUACAGUCCCCCCUCCAUUAAAUGUUGAAUUUAACAACUUAUAUCUAUCGAAAAUAUCGAUAUUUGGAGAUCGAUAUAUCGUGACAUUAAAAUUCGGAUAUCGCCUAGCCCUAUUGCGCAGUGAUCAUAAUACAUUCUGCCCUUUUUGCCUCAAACUUACUUAAUUCUGAAAUAUUUAUGUACUUUUAGAAAAUGAAUGUAAUAAAUGGUUAAGGAUUCAGAUACAAUGGAGGAAAAUAAAACAUUCUUUGAAAAAUUUUUAAAAAUGAGAAAAAUUAAAAGAAUUUAAUUCUCUCCAUGCACAUGGACAUAUUAAGUCCAAUUAAAACUUCAAGUUUUAGCCCCAACAAAUGAUUAUGUAUGUAAAUAAUGUGUGCAUACACGUAAUGUGUAUAUGUAUGACCAUCAAAACACUUUUUCUUCUUAGAAAAAAGUUCAGGUAUUUUUUCAUGGAGUCACAAUCACCCCUGGAAAGAAAGAGAGUGAUAAAAAUUUUGAAUUUAUUUUCUUGAAAGGAUGUAAGUCAUUGAGCAUUUGCUAAAGAAAGGUCUAUCUAGGAAACUUUUAGAGUAAUUUAUUAGUAACUGAUAAAUAUCGCUUCACUUUUUCUUUCACAUCAUUGAUUUGCAGACAUGUAUUAUUCAUAUAUUCAGUAAAUUACCGCCCAAUUAGCCAGGGCUAAAGCAGAAAUACAUGGAAUACACCGCCAGCUCAGUCAUUUCUAGCCGAGGACUGCAGUAUUGUGCUUAUUAGCACUUUGUUUUGCACUCUUGGCUUCCUUAAGAGGUUUUCCAUCUCCAGCUCAGUCACUUUCCUAUGCUGGGCUGCUGUUGAGUGCUAAUAAGCACGAAACUGCAGUCCUCGGCUGGAAAUGACUGAGCUGGCGGUGUAUUCCAUGUAUGUAUUAUUCAUAUUGAAUGAUUUCCAUAAUGUUUCUGCAAAAAAUACCUCAGUGCAAGAAGACAGCUCCACUUUUUAAGAAUGUUGCAGGAAUCCUGAAACAGUUUUAAAAAUUCAUUUUCAUGGAUUUUGUUUUGGUUUUUAAUAUGUUAGAAUUUAUCUCCAUGAAACUUAAUUUUGAUGAUAUUUUGUUAAAAGUAUGUUAAGCGUUGGAGCUGUCCCAUUGUUGCACUAAAUAUAUAUUUUUAUAGAGGAUCCGACUAUCCAAGUGUAAUCCACAGAAUAAGUAAGGAACUAUACUAGUGCGUGCAAGAUCUAAAAAAGCUCAUACAUUUAAACUGGCAUACAUUUGCUGGAAACAAUAGCAAUGUAUGUAAAAGAAAAGAACGGCUCAUUAUUUCUAACGGAUUACACAUACUUUGCAAACCAUGCAAACUAAGUAACAUAUAAAGUUAGGUUGCACCAAAAAAAAUGUAGGAGAGUCGAAUUUUUCAUACAAAACUAGUCUGGUCACUCAUUUACAUGGGUCAAGAGUAGAUGUAAAAAUCAGGUUUCAACUUGGCGUAAGUUAGAGAAAAGUCUAGUUUUGUUGACCUAGAAAAUUUUGAGGUCAUAGGAAGGAAAAGGGGAUAAAUAAAUGGGAAUGUCUACAAAUAGAUUUUAUACUUGUUUAGUAAAAAAAUGAGUGCAUUUUUUUAUAUACAGUAAAUUAUCAUGCAAAAAAAUUUUUUUUUUUUUUUUGAAAGACCAGUUAAACUUCAUACUGGAUAAUCCGGCAGCAGACUUUUACUAUCAUUCAAAUAAUAGUUGGUUUUAAUACGAAAAGAAUCUCAUGAUAAACACUAAAAAUAAUAUUUUUUGCAGUUCUUUUCUUUUAAAAUCGUAUGGAAUAUUAGUUGGACAUUUCUAUUUCUUAUACAGAAUGAAAGGCAAUAUUAUUUUUACAUAUUUCAACCCAAAACCAGCAAAAAGUGGAGCUGUUCCUUUCUUGCAUUGAGGUCUUCAAUUGUCGCUUAUGUUGUCUUGUGUCAGCUAGGCUGGCUAAUUUGGGAUGCGCUGCUUCACUUUUCCGACGUUACUGUAGUUUGGUGUGAAGUCUGACUUCCACAAUACACAUGCCAUAAAGACCUGUUUAUAGGGUAGGCACAGUGUUGCCAGAUUGGGGGAAAUUUCCCCAUUUUGGGGAAAUUUGGUGCUCUCUGGGGAAAUGUGUUUUGAGGGGAAUUCUAUCGCGAAAAUUUUUUUCUUGGGGGAAAUCCUAGGGGGGGAAAAACCUCGGGGAAAAAAGAUUUAUUUUUCGUAUUUAAAUUUGCGUCAAGAAGUAGUAGUUACAUUGUUUGUAUCAAACAGCAUUGGUUUAGCUUUGCUCAACUUUAUGGAAUUCGCAUUAUGUGGAAUAUUAUGCUACGGAAUUCGCAUUAUCGUUCUGCAUGAGUAACUAGUCGAUAGGUGAAAAAGGUAAAAAUAAGUGAUGAAUAAUGUUUUUGGAUAAAUAUAUACAAAAAUCAUAGUUUAAAUGUACAUACAGAAGCAGAGUAGUAAAUGCGAGUAGAAAAAAAUAUUUAGUUAUUUCCUAUCUUUCGGUCAGGCUCUUGUAUUUAUGACUUGUGGCACCCGCAAGGCUUUGCCCGUAGUAGAAAAUUAAAAGGUCUAUUAGAUCCCCUAUAUAUUUACAAAUAAUGCAUGAUGAAUUUCUCGCCAAUUGGCUUGCCCAUGUUACGGUUCCAUGUUAUGAUAACUUGGUAAUUUACUCGUCCAUCUUAUGAUAAUUUUGCUCGGGAAAAUGUUUUUAAAAUUGGAAUAGAAAAAGAACAAAAUCGAAUUUUCAAAAAAUUGCUUAAAGGUGCACACCCUCAUGCUACAAACUAAUUCUUUGCCAAAUUUCAUGAAAAUCGGCUGAACGGUCUAGGCGCUAUGCGCGUCACAGAGCUCCUGACGAUAUCCAGACAGAGAGACUUUCAGCUUUAUUAUUAGUAAAGAUAAAGAAAGAUAAAGAAGACAAAAAAAAAAAAAGGGAAGAAAAAAAAAGUUGGGGAAUUUUAUAAGAAAAUUUGGCUAUUUGGGGAAAACAUUUUUUUUCAACAGACAAAAAUAUUAGAGGGAGUCGAUUCAUUUUAUGAAAAUAUUAGUGGAAAAAUAAUUUUUGAAUUUGGGGAAUUUUGAUAGAAAACAUCGUUUUUUGGGGAAAAGUUGAAAGGGAAUUGGGGAAAUAUGGAUUUGACCAUCUGGCAACACUGGGUAGGCACAGCACACAACAUAUUCAUUCAAAUUAGGAACAAGGAGAGGAGAGAAAGUAUAUCCAUGGGGCCCGAGCCGGGAUUCGAACCCAGAAUCUCCCUUUCUGCAUUUCUCCAACCACUAGACAAGGCGGUCAGCUUUUGUCACUUAUAAAUUUACUUAUUCUUAAGCUCCACCUAUGACACAUCAGGUGCGGUUAUUUUGCUAUUUAAGUACAGGGGCAUCCCUCGUCUAACAUACUUAAUUCGUUCUGUGUAGUAUCGAAACUGUGUUAUAUAAGACUUUUUUAUAAAUGAUUUUUUUACUCAUUUUUUAACCUAAUUAAUCACGUUCAUAUCAUAAAUCAUGUCAAUGUGUACCAUGUCAUAUCAAAACCAUGUUCCGUGUUAUAUCGAAACCGUAUUAUAAAAGACCUUGAAAUAAUGGAAAUCAAGGAAUGUGUACCGUUUUAUAUCGAAACCAAGCCAUAAGGUGCAAAUGUUAUAAUAGUGGAAAUUUCGGCUCAAUAGAACAUACAAACGAAAACUGGCAACCAGAACAUACAAAGACAUACUGAUUUGAAAAUAAGAGUUGUUAUAAACGAUAAAACUUAAUACCUUAAAUUAAAACUUAUGCACAACAAGAGGAAACUUAAUCCACUUUUCUUUCUAUACUAAGAACAAAGCACAUUAUAAGAAAAAAUAUCUGCGCUUUUUGGUAGCAAUUAAGUUUGUCUAAGCAACAACAACAAAAAAUAAAAUUUAAAAUAAAAUAAAUCGAAUCGCUCUAUUUAUUUGAUAUUUUGACUACAUUUUUCAUUUAUCGUUCGCCAAAUUUAACAUAUGUUUAAUCCUAAUAUUAUUUGCUUACAGUGCAUUGGAAACAAAAUAAUAUUCAUCUUUUUGCUUUUAGAACACUGAUGAGAAAAAUCAAGGAUGUAUUUAAAAUUUGAAAGUUAGUGUUAUACGGGAAAACCACACUUUUGAGCCCAAGACAGACAAUUUUUCGUAAAAGUUUCAUAAAAACAAAGUAAAAACUUAUUACAGUUAUUAUCAUACAUUUUUAACAGUGCAAAAAUUUAAUUUUUUCUUUUAAAAUUUGAGUUACAUCAAAACCGUAUAAUUAUGAAUUAAAGUUUUGUACCAUGUAAUAUCAAAACUGUGUUAUAAUAAUCACAAAUUUGGUACCGUGUAAUAUCGAAACCAUGUUGUAGAAGUACCAUGUUAUAGGAGGGACGCCUGUACUUAUAAUUUACCUAUUUUACAGAAAUCAGAAUGGAAACUAAGUACGGUUAUUUUAAAUGCUAGUGAUUGUAGUUUUGGGCUAUUUUUUAGUGAAUAUAGAAAUAGUUGUCAUUAUAACUUUUAUUAAAUGAAGUUAUAUUUAACUGUUUGAGAAACAAAGAUUUGAAUUUCAGUUAAAUGAAACAUCACUGAAUUAUUUUUAAUUCUUUUUUAAGAAGACAAACAUCCUUUUGCCAUUUGAAAAUGUGCAUCUCUUUCUAUAAAGAGGAAAAGAGGUAAAAAAAGGGAGAAUUUUUGUUGAAGUUAUACAAAACUUGAGUAGUCACUUUUCAAAAUUGAAGCAACAAAAGAACUUAAUAUGUUAGAAUUGUGUGUAUAUAUGUUGCUGACUAAAAAUAUUUAAAACUAUUGUAAAUAUUUUUUUUCCUUGGAUCUGUUAUGUUUUAGUAGAUUGUGGAUUGUUAUUCUUGUAAAGAAAUAUUUUGAAGCACAAUGACCUGUAACUGCAAGCGUUCAAACUAGGAUAUAUGUUUUAUUUGUACAUAAAAUAUUUCACCAAAAAUGUAUUCUGUUCUAAGUUUUUAAAUAAAUUUUUAAAAC